AUGGCUAAAUCAGAUUCGGAACUGCCCACACCAUCUGUAACUUGGAUAUGGAGCACAGCUCAUUCAAUGACUCCUGUGCAAGGUGCCAAAAUCAAGCACAAACCGGAUCUCGUCCUGUGUGAUGAUAUAAAGCCGAAGUGGGGCAAUAUCAGAGCAUGUGCUGAGUUGACGGUCAGCCAGUACAAGCCCAGAAAGUGGUGUGUGAGAGCUGCAGACACUCAAGCAUAUCUUUUGCUGAGCAAUCAGCCCUGGAGACACUUCACGCUCAUCCUAUCCUUCACCAAUGGCUACAAUGACCUUCGGGUCUUGUUGUACAACCAUUCUGGUGGUGUUGUGUCUCCCUGCUACAACAUCAGCCACCAUCCAAACACAUUUUCCCAAAUCAUCGCUACUGUCAUCUUUGGUAGUCCAGAAUGUAUCGGGUACGACACUACCAUUACUUUCUGGAAAAUACUCCACUUCCUCCGCCCCCAGGUGCACACAUCCCUGACUGCCAUCCAUUUAAAAACCAUCCUGCUCGAGCCGACACUAUUGACACGGCAACCACACUGCCUCUCAAUGUGUUACCUGAGGAUGCCCAGGAAGGACCUUCUAGUGGCACCCUCUACAACUCGAGAGAGGAAGAUCCCGACUCUCCCUCCCCUCCCUCCCCUUUGUCGCCCCCCUCCCCUCCUUCCGCUUGCCCCGCACUUGCCCCCUUACCAAGUUCCGAACACUCAGGGAGUUUGUGAAAGUGCUUAG